AACCGGAAUCCUGCAUCUUAGAUGGCAAGUGUGUUUGUUGUACCUAUGUAAAGAGGCUUACAUGUAUUUUUUCUGAGAGUAGACAGAAGGCAUGCAUGUGCGUGUUUGUUUUAAGAUGUGAACUUUCUUUUUUUUUUACCACGCAAGAAGAGGCGAAAACCCAGCGCCAAGUCGGAACUGAAUUAUGAGGCUUUAGUUUCCACGCGGAAAGUUAAUAAUAGUGUACGAUUCUACACAGAUCAACGGGGACUGGAAACGUUGAAGCUCCUGCCUGGGCGCUGCGUUUUGAAGAUGGCUCAGUCGUGCCCUGAGUGCGGCUCCUCCAAUAUCAUCGAUGAUUCACACCACUCGCAGGCCCAGCUGGUGUGUGUGGACUGCGGCUCCGUGGUGAGUGAGGGACUGCUCACAAGCACGCUGUCCGAGGAGCAGUAUCACAUGACCAGUCGCAGCAAUCCGAAUUCGAGAUACUCUGAGAGAUCAGUCCUCGGCAAACAGCUCUACCGUAACCAGAGCAGAAGCGCGAGCGGAGCAUACUCUGAGAUAACAGACAAGGAGCCCUGCCGCAACCAGAUCAGAGGUCUGCAGCGAGUGAGCACUCUGUGUCACAUCCUGAGGUUCCCCCCGGGUGUGGAGGAAUCCUCUCGGAGCCUGUUCGAGCGCGCUUACCGCCACCCUGCCUUCCUGGACGUGUCCCUGCAGCGCAAGGAGGUUCUGGCAGGCUGCUGCGUGUUGCUGGUGGGCCGGCAGUACAGCUGGCCUGUCACCAUGGGAACCAUUAGCUCGCUGCUGCAGGCGGACCCAGGACUGAUGGGGGGAGUCUACUUUGAGCUGGUGGAGAAGCUGGGAGUGGAGGCCCCGCCCACCACAAUUACGCAGCUCGUCAGUAGCCACUGCAGCAGUUUCCAGCUCUCCCCAGCCGCUGUCCCGGAACAGUUCAGCGAAUGCUUUUCCAAGUUGGUGGACCGUGCUUCCGAGCUGGUUGAACUGGCCGGAGAGGCCUGGAUAGUGACAGGCCGGCACCCAGUCCCGAUCCUGACCGCUGCAGUCUACCUGUCCUGGCUGUCUCUCCGGCCAGUGGCAGCUCGCCUCUCCACCUCCCUCUCUAGAUUUUGUAAGCUGGCCGGAGUCCCCCUGCCCCCUCCGGCCCACAAGCGCCUGACAGAGAUGCAGGAUGCCCUCUGCAAGCUGGGCAAGGAACUGCCGUGGCUGCGCGGGGCCAAACUUGAUCGCAAAGUGGUGGCCAAGCACGCCGGGGAUAUCCUGAAACACAGGGCUCUGUUACUGAGGAGAGCAUUGGAGAGUCAGGAAGGAGAGGAGGUGGAGGACAGUGAGCAAGCCACACAGCACACUCUGUGUACUGCUGAGCAAUCGGCUUGUGUGAAUGCACAGAGUGGAGCAUCUUUGCCACCGGUGGGUCCUGUGACACAGUGUGCUGGCUGUGAGGAUAAAGAGCUGGAGGGGGCUGCUGUUGCUGCACUGAACACUGGAGGGAAUGAAAGAGGUCCUGCACAGGGAUCUCUGUCUUCACCAGCAGGGGGCAGCGUGGUGCAGUGCAGCAGUGCUGAAGGGAGUAUAAAAGCUGCUGCUAUGGUUUCUGUAAAGGGCACCAUGGAUUCCGCGCAGAAACCAGUAGAGACUGAGGGACCUGGAGACUGCCGGAUGCUGCCUUUACCCGCAGGAGGCAAGCGGCGUCGGCCGGUGUUUCUGCCUCCCUGCAUAGUCAAACCCGCGAAGAGGAGGCAGGGGGGCGAGGAGGGAGGCAGGGGCAGGGAGGUGACUGGGGACGAGGAGAUUUCAGACAGUGAGAUAGAGCAGUAUCUCCGCACUUCUGAGGAGAUGAGGCAGUUUGCUGAAACGCAGAGCGGACUUGCUGAGCUGGGGGGCGGGGGUCCAGCAUCUGCAUAAGUUUUGAAUAAAGACCAACUGCUGGUUUCACCAAGCAAUAUCAUAUGGUCACUGAAUUGGUAAAAAGUUUAUUACAUUAAAAGAUUUGGUAACUUUCAUUAAAACUUAAACUUUUGUUGCAUAUGUAAGGGCGAGUGUCUGAACCACCGCAAAUGAGCCGGGAUCGUCUGCACUCGUGGUUUUAGAGCAGGGCACAGAGUCCGUACCAGCACUGUAUCACACAACACAGCCCGCUCCACACCGUGAAGUUAAACAGUAAUGAGAAUCCUGAAUGUCUUCUGACAGAGCUGAUCUCUGAGUUAAUGCAGGCUGGGCUGAUUCAGCACUAAUCUUGGACCCCUCGCAGCCUUCUCAUUUCCAGCUAACGGUCGGCUCAAUUGCGGUCUACUUUGACUGAUGAGCUGUCUGAAAUAGUUCCGGAGAUUAGUAUGCAAAUGAUUAUUUUGUUCCGGUAAAACAGCGGCAAUUUCCACAAUUCUUACGCAUGCAAGUUGAUUAAAACAUUCCUUCUCGAGGCCAUUCUGUUUCCAGGCUUGUCUUUCCAUGAAAUGUCGAACCAUGCUCAGGUAUGACUGUACAGUUUGGUGAUGAAACCAAACUGUUAUCCCUUGAAAUGCAACGUUGUAAAUGUUGAAUACUUAGCUAACUAUAGGUGUGGACUCUGUAACACCCAGGAUAGUUCCUUUAAGUGUAAUUGUACUAUGUUAAGUUUCCUAGUUAUUAAAUGCACUGUACUUUCAGAAUGCAAACUUCCAAAAGUAAAAACUUGUUUUAACAUGUUA